CUGCUGCUGUUGUGAAACUUCAUUGGAUAGACGGUUACACGCCUUCUGUCAACCUGAAAGAGCACAACAGAAGACAAGGUGAUCCAUGUGUGUCUGAUUGAGCCAACAGUAAGCAUGCUGACUGCACAGAGGGCAUGUGCAGCAAUGGCUGCCCGGCGCCUGGUUAGAGCGUCAGUCUCCUCAGCACACACACACCGCUCUCUGAUCCACACUUCCAUACCAUGGCAGGACCAGGUUGAGCUUCACUCUGAAUGGGCCAGUCUGGCUAAGAAACAGCUUAAAGGGAAGAACCCAGAGGAUCUGAUCUGGCGCACACCAGAGGGACUCAACAUCAAGCCUGUGUACACUAAAGCAGACUCAGCCCGUGGUGCUGAUGAAUUGCCAGGAGUGUUUCCCUAUACUAGGGGGCCCUAUCCCACCAUGUACACUUACAGACCGUGGACCAUCAGGCAGUAUGCUGGCUUUAGUACUGUGGAGGAGAGCAACAAGUUCUAUAAAGAUAACAUUAAAGCUGGACAACAGGGUCUCUCCGUGGCUUUUGACCUCCCGACGCACCGUGGUUAUGAUUCAGACAACCCCCGAGUCCACGGAGAUGUUGGCAUGGCUGGAGUCGCCAUAGACACAGUUGAGGACAUGAAGAUGCUUUUUGAUGGAAUCCCUCUGGAGAAGAUGUCUGUUUCAAUGACAAUGAAUGGAGCAGUUAUUCCUGUAUUGGCUAUGUUUAUUGUGACUGGAGAGGAGCAGGGUGUACCUAAAGCCAAACUAACAGGUACAAUUCAAAACGACAUUUUGAAGGAGUUUAUGGUACGAAACACCUAUAUUUUCCCCCCAGAGCCUUCAAUGCACGCCAUUGCAGACAUAUUCGCUUACACCUCCAAGCACAUGCCCAAGUUCAACUCGAUAUCCAUCAGUGGCUACCACCUUCAGGAGGCUGGAGCUGAUGCCAUCCUGGAAGUGGCCUACACCAUCGCUAAUGGCCUCGAGUACUGCCGCACCGGUCUGAAAGCAGGCUUAACCAUCGAUGAGUUUGCCCCAAGGUUGUCAUUCUUCUGGGGUAUUGGGAUGAAUUUCUACAUGGAAAUUGCCAAGCUGAGGGCAGGCAGGAGAUUAUGGGCCACACUCAUUGAAGAGAACUUCCAGCCCAAGAAUGCAAAGUCUCUCCUGCUGCGCACACACUGCCAGACUUCAGGCUGGUCUCUCACCGAACAAGAUCCAUACAACAACGUGAUUCGAACGGUGAUUGAAGCCAUGGCAGCUGUGUUCGGGGGGACCCAGUCACUCCACACUAACUCAUUCGAUGAAGCUCUUGGCUUGCCCACAGUGAAGAGCGCUCGCAUUGCCAGGAACACCCAGAUCAUCAUCCAGGAGGAGUCGGGCAUCCCCAAAGUCGCUGAUCCCUGGGGUGGUUCGCACAUGAUGGAGUCUCUCACGGAGGACGUCUACAACACGGCCCUAAAGUUCAUCAAAGACAUUGAAGAUAUGGGAGGCAUGGCCAGAGCUGUGGCAGAGGGUAUUCCAAAACUACGCAUUGAGGAAUGUGCAGCACGUAGACAGGCCCGCAUUGACUCAGGAUCAGAAGUCAUCGUCGGCGUGAAUAAGUACCGUCUGGAAAAAGAGGAGAGUGUAGAGGUGCUGGCCAUAGAUAACACUGUUGUACGUCAGAAACAGAUUGAAAAACUGAAAAAGGUGAGGGAAAGCCGUGACCCUCAGGCAGCGAAGAAGUGCCUGGCAGCCAUUGAGGAGUGUGCCCAAACCAGAGAGGGCAACCUUUUAGCCCUGGCCGUGGAGGCAGCUCGAGCCAGAUGCUCUGUUGGUGAAAUCACUGAUGCCAUGAAGAAAGUGUUUGGCGAACACAAGGCCAGCACCAGGAUGGUGAGCGGGGCUUACCGCAGCGAGUUUGGGGAGCAUGAAGAGAUUGCCCUGACCCACAACAGAGUUGCAGAUUUUAAGAAGCACGAGGGCAGGAACCCUCGACUGCUUGUGGCAAAGAUGGGCCAGGAUGGCCACGACAGAGGAGCCAAAGUCAUUGCCACAGGGUUUGCCGACCUGGGCUUUGAUGUGGACAUCGGACCACUGUUUCAGACUCCCCUUGAGGUUGCCCAGCAGGCGGUCGAUGCUGAUGUUCACUGUGUCGGGGUCAGCACUCUUGCCGCAGGACACAAGACCCUGGUCCCAGAGCUCAUCAAGGAACUACGGAAGCUCAACAGGCCAGAUAUUCUUGUCAUCUGUGGAGGUGUCAUCCCACCACAGGACUAUGAGUUCCUAUACCAGAGUGGUGUGUGUGCAAUCUUCGGUCCAGGAACCAGGAUCCCACAAGCUGCAGUGGAGGUUAUUGACAACAUUGAGAAGAGUCUGGAAAACAUCCGGCAGGCCAUGUGAACUCUUAAGAAAAAACUACAACAAGAGCUGUCUAUUCAUGCUGUGCCAAGAACAGAGUCACAAGUGCGAGCCAACACUUUUGUACAGAAUCUGUUUGACUGGUAGCAUGAAGUCGUAAAAAACAAAAACUCCACCCAGAACCACACUGUGUUCACAGCACUUACAGAAGUUAGAAUCACUACCAACCUGUGGGGAUGUUAUGGUUGUAUUAACACUGCAUUCCCUGUAUAUCAGAUUUGAUUUUAACUAGUAAUAGGAUCCCCAGAGUUUGCAGUAACUUAACAAAGAAACAAAAUUAACAUCACCAAUAAAGAGUGUAGUGUUUUUUGUUUUUUUUUUUCAUUGAGGGAAUCACUCAAAAUCUAAAGAAAUACUGUCACACAUAAAUGUUUCAGAUGGGUAAAUGGGGAUUGAACUAUUUCCCUCCUUUGAAACAUGCUUGUGUGAGAAUUGCAUUGGUUGCAGGGAGAGUAAUAUCACUGUAAAUAUCUUUGAAAUUCUAAAAUAUAAUUGGGAACUGGGACCCUUGGUGAACGCUGUAGACUGUAAUGGGAUAUAAUUCAAUAUUCACGACGGAAAUCAGACUAUAUUAAGACCUUUACCCACACUUAAACAAUGGAACAUACAUUACAUUUAAUCAAAUUGGAGCAGCUUAACAGACACAGUAUCAUGUGACAGAAAUUUGGCUUGAGAUGAGCAGAGUAUUUUUUGCCAUCAGUAUAAAACAAAGGUCUAUAAACCUUGGAAUGUAAUGCUUUUAUUGUAAGAUGUCUUGUGUGUAAUUUGCAGUUACCUAGCAGGGCGUGAAUAGUGCUAGUGUAGUGCAGAUGGAUAGACAGAAAUUCACAUCAAAACAAACCUCUGUGGAACCCUUACCUCUGAUUUUUAUGUUUAUGGAUAUUAUCAUAUUGACAGUGGCCUUUUCAAUAGUUGUUUCGAUCUUUCCUCCCUGCAUAAUGUUUGAUUUGACCAGCUUCAGUCGGUGAUCACAAUUUAUGAAGAUUUCCGAAAUGGUAUUUUUCUAUGUGUGAUUCUGAAUCAGAGUUGGUGCUCUUCAGUCUAAAUAAAGUAUGUGAACUUUGGAAAUGUGACUUGCAUCAGAAGAUUGUGUAACUUUCUACGCCUCCGCCCGGCGACAGCCAGGGCUUGGAGGCAUUAUGUUUUCAGGUCAUCCAUCCAUCCGUCCCAUUCUCGUGAACACGAUAUCUCAGUAAUCUAAUCUAUUUUAAGGAAUUUCUACAAAUUUGGCACAAACAUUCACUUGGACUCAAGGAUAAACUGAUUUGAUUUUGAUGAUAAAAAGUCAGGCUAUACUUGAAUUUGCUUGUCCUUCAGAGAAAAAAAUGACCCAAGUUAGCACAUGUAAGGAUCUGCACUGCCCUACUGCAAAAACUGACCUGACCUCACACUGGCUGAGAUGUUUCUAAAACACCACGCUUACCAUGAUUGAUGUGGCGUGCUUAUGUGAAUGUGACUGUAGCGUAUUUAAUUUCAUUCUCAAACGGAUGUCAAGCUUUAGCAUCUGAGGUGUUCAUACUGCAUGCUAACAGAAAGUUCUAGCACGUGGAGUGUAUACAGAUGUAGGCACUGACGUUUGAAACAUUUUUGAAGGAUUUAAACACAAACUGACUGACUGCCAUCCUUUGUGCCCGGAGCUCUGGCUGUUUUCAAAAUGAGAGAACUGAAUAAACUCCUUCAGUGUGAUUGGGUGAUAUUACAUAAUCAUGGUGUAUUAAUUGUCCACCACUAUGUUGUAUUCAGUCAGUGUUUAUUCUCAAACAUGAUCAAUGAAAUGUGCACACAAAUAUGCUCAAGGUUCAUAGCUCUACAUUCACAAAUUUUAAAAAUUGUUAAACACUGUCAUUUUAAUUACAAGUAAUUACAAGUUGGAACCAAAAAAAAGCCGUGCUGCAGAACUGAAAAACUGAACAGUAUUUUCCCCACAGAGAAAGGGAUAAGGAAUUGUAGGUGACAAUAUAUCAAGGAAAAUAAUAAAAUAAUCUCUGGGUAAAGCAGGGCAACAAAAGAUCUGUUAAGCAGAAGCGUGUCUAGUAACAUGAACUGAUUAUAAUCAGCUCAAUUAUAAAAAAUAAUAUGCUGUUGUACUGCGGCUGAGGCGACAGUCGGCAGACACUCAUGGGGGAUUUCCAGUGAAAUUUGAACCAUUCUUUUAUUAAUAUCGUGGUGAUCUAAAAAUCUGCCACGCACAGAGCCCUGACUUUCAUUGUUCAGUGUUUACAAAGUUGAAAAUAAAAGAUUUAAAAGGA